CACAAGGGCAUUUAAGUAAAUUCAUGGUCCGUAGACGUAUGGUCAAGCCCGCUUUGGUGUUACGUGAAGUGUUGGCUCCUAUAUAACCUCGUCUUCUCCAACUUGUUCUUCCCCAUAAAUCUGAUAAUCAAUAAAUACUCAAAAAAUAAAGAGAAAGCAGAGGAGAGAGAGAUGGGAAACAGCCUAAGGUGUUGUCUGGCUUGUGUUCUUCCAUGUGGAGCACUAGAUUUGAUCAGGAUCGUUCAUCUAAACGGCUACGUUGAGGAGAUCACACGGUCAAUAACUGCCGGAGAGAUCCUCCAAGCAAACCCAAACCAUGUCCUAAGCAAACCAUGUUCUCAAGGAGUUGUCCGCAAAAUCUUGAUCUUGUCCCCUGAAUCUGAGCUCAAGCGAGGAAGCAUCUAUUUUCUCAUCCCUGAUUCUUCCUUGCCGGAGAAGAAAAGGAGGAGAAAGGACGCUCCUCGCCGGAAAAAGACUCUCAACAACCCUAGUGCCGACGCCACCGGAGAAGUUAAAGGUGAUGAUGAAUGUGUGAAGUUGUGUGAGAAGUACUUAGAAGAAGUUGUGUCGUCGGCGUCGACAGGUAAAGAGCACCGUCAUCGCCGGCGGCACAGCAGAUCGGCGUCAGUAUCCACGUGGCGGCCUCUCCUUGACAGUAUCUCUGAGGAUCUUAAUUAAUUCCUCUUCCCUUUAUUUUUUUUUGUUGCUUCUAGCUAAUGGUGUUUUUUGUCCGGAAGCCGGAUUUUUAUUUCUGAGAUAACAUUCUCUUUUUCAUUUUUUUCUCUUCUUUUUUUCUUUUGGUUUUUGGGGAAAAUUUCACGAAAGAGUUAUAGAAUGUGGAUAAGAUCUGUGUUAAAAUGCUAUUGUAAUUUUUAGUCACCUGAGAAUUAUACUCAUUAAUCGAAAGCGAACACAUAUUGUUGAAC